AACAAUAUGGCGUCGUAGUGAGAAGUUGUUAACUUUCGAAAACGUUAUUUUGCAAAUUUACAACAUAACGGGUAUUAACAAGUACUCCCUGCUCAUGAACUAUUAAUUAACAUUUUGUUAUCAUCUAAAAUGAACUAAGUGAAUUACUUUUUUUUGGAAGCAUUAUCUUUUGAAGAAAUCUGAGAGGCAACUAAAUUACCAAAAAAGAUGGGUUACUGGAAUCCAGACAUGUGCAUGGCCACCUCCUGGACAGUUGAGGAGGAAUCCUUCUCAAUCGACAAAGGUUGGAUCGCUGGGGCUUUCUUUCUUGGGCUCGCAGUGGGUGGACUUCUGGCCUUUCUGAUUAUCCCACCUUGCCUUAGGGACUGGGAGAAAAAGAAGAAUGCAGAUUUAUUUAGAGAGAGGCAAGAUGAGGAAGAAAACAUCUUGGUGUGCAAUGAAGCGGAAAUUGACCAGGCAGAACAUUCUUAUGACGAUCCAGUGGCAGUUCCUGGAGAAAAUAUUGCCGGCGGAAAGAAAUCAAAAUUUGCAGCUGUUGGAGCCUUUUUCAAUCGUAAAAAAGGGAAGAAAGAUGCAGAUACCCAGAAAACUGAACAGCGAGGCUGGGUCCAGUCUGAGGGCGACAAGAAAACAUCGUCAACUGGCACGGGGACAGAUUCUAUUGGCAUGGUGGCUCUCCUCAGUAACAGAAACAGUGGAGAGGCAGAUGCCAACAUGGUGAAACAGGACAUUGGGGACAUUGACAAGAUGGACGAGGAUCAACACAAUGUCAAGGAUGAUAUGAAGAUCAAGAUGUUGAAGAUGAAACUCCGUAAGAUGAAGGGGAAGGGCCAGAUUGGAGAUCCGUAUCUUGCUGACUUUACCCAGAGAAUCAUAGAGCAGCGCCGGGCCAACAAAGAGAUGAUUGCCAUGGAGAAACAGGAGGGAGAGGAGGAGAUCAAACUUAAACACAAGAGGAACCCAGCUGUAGCAGAGCAGGAGAUGGACAACCUGAAUAUUCGUCUGCAAGCUAGAGCGCGCCAGCUCGAAAAUGGUGAAGAUGAGUUUAUUCGGUCUGAACUUAUUCGAACAUCAGGAUUGUCGGAUGCUGAAGUUGACAGUUUGAUUGAUGGACUAAAAGCGGACAUGGCAGAGUUGGAUAGAAGACAGGCGCUUGAGCAGGCCAGGCAGGCCAGGCAUCUUGCUGAGAGGCUGGAAAAGCGUCGUCAGUUGAUGGAAUUCCGUCGCCUCCAAGAACAACAAGGUCGUGAGGAAACUGUUGAUGAGAGAAAGGCGUUUGAUGAACCGCUCGAGAAACUUGUUCAGGACGGGAAAUUAAUGGACAAGCAGAAGAAAGAUAUUUUGGAUGAACAUGAAAGAAACCUUCAGAAUCUGCAGAAGCAACAUGAAUUAGAGUCUAUGCGAGCACAGAGAGAUCUUGCCGACAAGCUGGCUGAGCGCCGUAAAGCGAGACUGCAAAAAGUGGCAGAUAAACAACAGAAAGAGCAGGCCAGCUUCUUACAGAAAGCUGAGAAGUCUACAAACACUGCAGAGUUUGUUGCUGGUUACCAAUCACUGUUGGAACAACAACAACAGGAAGUUGAAAACACAGAAGAGGAUCUGGAUCAGCAGGAGCUUCAAGAGCUUGAAAAACUAACUCAGAAUCUGGAAUCUCAAAAGGCCUCAGCUGUUAAAGAAACAUCGGACAGGAUGAUGCAGACUGUGAAGCAGACGGGUCAACUGUCUGACAAUGACGCCAAGAGGAUCAUAAAGCUGCAUAACAUGCGGAUGGACAGCUUUGAUCAGAGAAGGAAAGAUGAACAACAGAGAAUGAGGGAUAGACUUCAAGAGAGGUGGCAUCAGAGGGUUAAGCAAAUUGACAACCAAGAGAAAGUGAACUUGUCCGAGAGAGAAGCCAUCAUCCAACAGCAGGACUCCACUGUACAGAAGGUUCUCGCUAGCAAUAUUGACCUCACUGAUGAUGCAAAAGAUAAGAUAAUGAAGGAACAUCAGCGUAACAUGGAAACCCUCAACAACCAGUUGUCACGAAGCAAACUUAAACAACAAAUGUGCCUACAGCAGAAACUAAGUGCACGCAAAGCCCGUCUAGCCGAGAUUCAGGCACAGCAGGAGGCACUUAAGGCUGAGAAGAAAGAUGUCUCAGAGAAAGAGCUGCAAAAACUACAGACCAAACUGGAUGAAGAGGUUCUACUUUUUGAGAAGGAGAGGAAAGAGGCAGAAAAUAAUUUUAGAAGACGAUUGGCUCUUGAAACUGAUGCUGCAAUAGCUCAGCAGGAAAAGGAAUUAGCUGUUCUCAUUGGUCGGUUAGAGGUUGGCAGUGCAAGGCGCUUGGCUGUUCUACAGAAACAAGAUCAACAGUUAAAAGACCUACAGACAAAAGUAGACAAGGAGAAACUUGAGUCCCAGGUAGAGAGUGGAAGGCUGUCUGUCAACACAGCGGACCAGAUUAUACAGCAACAUUAUAACCAGGUUGAGCAUGUGAAUGACUCAAUGCAGAGGAGCAGACAACAGCAGGAGGCUAUUAUCCAGGAGAAGAUUCAGGCCAAGAAAUUCCAGAAACAGAGGGAGCUGGAUGACCAGAUGCGUUCAGAUAAGGAGGAGUUGUCCAUGGCUCGCAGGAAGGCUGGCGCAGGCCUUGCCAGUACCAUCUUGAACGCUUCACUGAUGGAGCAGCGCCACAAGAAAGCCAUGGAAGACUUGGAGAAGGACAUGCAGAUUGAGUUAGAGCGUUCUCGUGAGGAACUGAACAGCCAGUUAGCUGCCUCCCUGCAGAAAGAACUAGAGACUCACAAGGGGCAGUUCUUGAACCAGCUUGCGCAAGCGACUAACUCAUCAGCCAAUGAUAUUGCUGCCGGUCGACCUCGCUCUGCACAGCGUUACUCCAGAGACUACCAGAAGUCCAAGUCAACCCUCGGGUCGAUGGAGGAAGAUUCUGAUGAUGAGCCAACCAUCCACUCCUACAGCCGACCAAAAUCCUCCGUCGGUUCCAAAGCGGAGGCCCGUCUUGCUGCUCAAGGGACACCCAAGAAAAAACACAAACAUAAGUUCGGGCCUCAGCCACCGAGACCAGCUUUUUCUGCUUCUUCAACUGGAGAGCAAAUUCAUGGAAUGUGGGAUGAUGAUGAUUUUUAGGAGAUAAAAAUACAUUUUUAAUGCUCAAACUUGUACUUAGGCCUAUAGAUGUUUGAGCUCAUUUUCACUGUUAUAAAAACUUUUUAGCUGACUUUUAAGUUUAAUGGUUUCAUAUUUACCAUGAGGGUAGUCAAUUAUGAUAAUUAUAAUAGGUACAUUGUGACUUACUGGUAAAAUUGUUGCGGGAUACUUUUUUGAGAUGAUAUUUUUGUUAUCACGUCACAUAUUUCUGCAAUAUUCUCUUAAAUCUUCGGUUUCUCUUAUUUUGUCAUUGUUGGAGUUGUUUCCCUUUGACUGUGUUCUCUAUUUGUUUGCAUUUAGAUUUUCAUUAUAUUUUCUUUAGGUUAUUUUCUACUUGUCUUAAUUCUCAUGAAGGGUAAGAUGACAUGUUUAAAAAGUCCUCAAUGAACAUAUAUUAUUUAAACUGUAUUUUAUCUUCUGUUUGGGUAAAAAAUAUCAAUCCAUCCAAAUUGUGAAAUAAGUAUUGAAGAAAUAUUAUAUAAUUAUAGACUAAUGUUGAGUAUAUGGUACUGGUAUAUAUUUAGUUUCCAACCUCUGAAAGUAAACAUAUAAAUGUAGACAAGUCAACACCAGUCUGUAAUUAUUAUAUCUUAACAACUUCAUUAAAAUGGCGCAAAUAAAUAUGAUAAGGUCUACACAUUAUUCUCAGGAGUCCACAACAUUUUUUAUAGACUUUGCUCUCGGUCAGUCAGAUUUGCGGAAGCUCAUCGAGUAUACAUUAUUAUGUGAUGAUAAAGUGCUACAAUUUCUAAUUUGUCUGUUAGUUGAGGUAUUGUCAUUGCCUUGGUAAUCAUGAAGAUUUAAACCUUGACUUUAUCUCCAAUAGACGUUAAAAGAUAUUCAAAUGAAACUUGGUACACAUGUUGCCAGAAACAUUAGGCACAUAAUAUAGGAAACCCCAUAACUGCUGCUGUAAUAGCUGAUGAGUUAUGCCCUUUGUUCAACUGAAACAAAUAGACAAGCUUUGGUGUUCACUCAACACGCUCUUGAUAAUAAUUAUAUAUAUCAACAUUACUUGAAUAUAGUUGAAUGUCUCAGAUCUUGUGUCAUAUCAAUUCACUUUGUUAUUUACCAAAUGAAUAGCAGGCUUUGUAAUACACACACGAGCUAUAUGUGGAAUGAAUUUCAAUGGUCCGAUUGUUCAGAACUUCGUUAAAAGUCAACAAAGCUGUAACUUUUAAAGGUGAAAUAUGUUAUGAUGUGCUGAUAUAGGAAAGUAAAACAAGCAUAGCUGAAUUAGAUGACUCAAUAUUUGUAUCAAGUACCUCAGAUCAUGUGUGUGUCCAUUAAACUUUCAGAGAAUUUAAAAUUUAACAAUGAUCAAGUUAGCAACAUUGUUAACUUUAACAACGAUCUGAACAAUUGGCCCGAUAUACGACUUUACAAGUUAUAUUUGUAAUUAUUUUAUGUGCCUCUUUUUCUGUGAUUAUUAUUUAUUAUUGUUUUCUUUCGUCAUGUGGCAACUUACGACCGACUGUGAUAUUAUCUCUGUUGUGAUUUUAUAUUGUGAUACCAUUGAUUUUGUACAAAUCGUUUUAUACACUGGUUGUAUAAUAAAUUUUACCUCUUUUUUAAAUUGAUCACCAGAACCUAUUGAAUUCCAAAUUAUGUAUGUUACCUUUUUCUAUCAUUAUGAAUUGUAUUGUUGUUUUUUUUACUUUUGUAAACUUUUUCUUCAUUAAAACCAAAUGAAAUUAUGUUUUUUACUUAAAAUUACCAAAUACUCGAGUAGUUAUAUUAUUCCAGCUACACUAUAUAGAGUCCAUAUACCGUAAAUGUUCUAUUUAACGUGCAUGCUCUAAUAGAGGCACCAGCAGUCCAUAAAUAUUCUGACACUGACUAGUAUUCGCCAUGUUUUAUACUGGCACCAUGUUAUCAACUGAUAUCAUAGUCUGUGUGGAUAAGGCCAGAAGGUGACAUUAAAGCUGCACUCUCACUAAUUGAAAAUUUUGUCUUUAUUAGUUUUUGUCUCAGAAUCAGCUGAUUUGGGUGUCAUGCCUUAAAUUAAGUCAUAUAUUAAGAUAACGCACAACAGAAUUCAUCUCAAUUGUUUGGAAAACUGCCGAAAAUUAUUUUUUUCUUAAAGCUUUAGUAACGCUUUUAGCCAUAAAAUUUUCGAACGUAAAUAUGAAAACUGUGAUCUGCUCUUUUGUCACCAGUCCUUUAUCACUGUUUUCCAGACAUUUGCGCUUACAAAUUGGUUCAUUCCAAGACAAAAAAUAAAACAGUCAAAACAAUCAAUCUGUGAGAGUGCAGCUUUUACCCCAUGAUAUGAUAUUUUUUAAGAUUUUAUAAUUCUGGUCCCAAUUUCUCAAAAUUUCUUAAACCUAACAGGUUUAUGUCCCUUACUUCAUUUAAACAUUUGACUUGCUUAUACUUACGAAAAAGCAGUUUAUCGUGAUUAUCUUAAAAAUAACUUUUUUACAAAGUGGAAAUUAAAGAAAUAGUGCCAAAAAUAAAUAGUGAGCUAAGCUUAGUCAUGUUUAUAAGGGUCUUUCAAGAAAUAGGGGCCUGAGUGGUUAUAAUUAUAUCACCCCUCCAACAUGAAUGACAUUACGCAAUCGGUCCAGGAUUAGUCAUGCAGUGACCCCAUAUUUUUCCUAAUUGGGUCACUUAUCUUUAUAUCAUACUAAAAUUGCGUCUAUUUUCCAAUUCUGAUGAAUUAAUGAAACAGAUGUUAGCAUCUUUGAUUACCCGAUAUCGGAUAUACGGUAUUGGUUUCCUGCACCCUGCAUAUCCGAUAUCAGGUCACCUACUAACAUAGUUUACUUAAGUUUUCAAUUAUAAUGUUAAUAUAUACAAUCAUAAUACAUCAUAUUUCUGGAUUAAGCUAAUUAUAUUUAUGCCUUUUAUGAUAUUAAUGAAGUUGAAAAUGUUAUUCUAACCAUAAGUUGGUAAAUCUUAUUCAGGAAUUUUACUUCACCUAUUAUCAUUAUGACAGCCACUUCAACAUUUGACAACCGAUAUCACGAAGCUUUUAUUUUGUAUGGUAUUUUUAUUUACUUCUGUUCAAUAACAUGUAGGGUAAUACUUCAUUCCUGCUGAAAGGCUCAUUCUCAAAUUUGAACAUUUUAUAUUACUGUAAUAUGAAAAUAAAAUUGUUGCAAAGAUUGUACCAUGUUAGAGCAUGUUCCUUUAUUUUUCGUCAAUACAUUAACUCCCGUAAGUAGGCAGUAGGCAGAGCUUAACCGUUCAAUUACUACUGAUCUUGACAACAUGUACUAAACAGUUACAUUACCCACAACCUGUGUAAUCAAAACUAUACACUCGCUUUUCUAGUACACUCGCGCUUAAGUUUUUGUGUAUAAUUUUAACAGAUCGGGUUGUUGGUGCAGUAACACUUACUAAACUGUCACCAGAUAAUAAUAACAAGUGUUUGUUAACAAAUAUUUGAAUAGUUGAAAAUUAAAAGUCACUUUUUCAAAAAACAUUAAUAACCAAAUUUAAGUUAAAUGAUAUUAUGAUGAAAUGAAAAUGAUUAUCUGUCUGCCGGUGUUUAAUGUUAUUCAAAUAAAUUAAAAGAAACUCAAUUGAUUUUUUUUAAAUAUGUUUACCCACGUGAAAGUACCUUUAAAUAGUGAUAUACAAACACUAGACUUACAGGAGUCAGCUGGUAUAAGAUGACACAAAUUGAUCCAACAAUUUACCAUUUUUGACAUCUGCCAUAUUAAACUAAGUUCAUGGCUAGGCUUUAGGGUGCAGUGAAUAAUAUAAACAUUUUGUGAAAUUUUGUGAAAUGUUGAAUCAUACAUCAUUUUAAAUGUACUAGAAAAUUUGACUCUGACAUAGACAAUGAAUGAUUAAUACACAUGAAAUUAGUGUUCAUUUUUAUUUAUUAAUCUAUGCAAUUCCUUAGUGUUGGUGUGGAUGUCUCUGUUCAAGGCCAGUUAACACCUUUGCAUACUGAUUAAUGAACAACUUACUAAAAAUCAGAGGACAAACCAUAAAUGUUGAGGUUGUUUUCAUAAAAGUCUUUUAAAAAAAGUUAAUAAUGAAGUUUCAAAUUAAGCUCAUAACAACAAAGAUCAUGUGAAAUUUAGAAUAUUUUUUUAUUAUAGAUUAGACAUUUUCUUUUUAUUGGUAUUUUAAUAUUUCCUUGGGUUCUUAAAAAGCGGGCCUGCACUGCUAAUUGAGUCUAGCCAUAAUUAAAUGCUCUGUAUUUUCAGUGUGAAAUUUAGUAAAUAAAGAAAUCAUAUAUAUGAUAUGUUCAGCUUUUAUUUUGGAAUUAAACAAUUCUUGUAGGGGAUAUUUUACUUGUAUUAAUUUUAAUAUUCUAAUGCCAUUAAGACUAUUUUAAUACAUUUAUUUUAUUGGUUAACUUUACAUUCUAUAACUUAAUUUUCCAAGGUUUUAUAUGAUUAAAUGAUUUUCAUUAUUCAAGUGUUUAAAGUUUUAUUGUUUUUCCUCAAUAUUUUGAACAAGAAUGUAUUUGGUACAGACCUACACAAUAUGUUUAUUUUCUUAAAGGGACUGUACACCAGAUUGGCACCAAAAAAGUUGUUUCUGUUACGAAUCUCAGAACAAUUAUUUUAUAGAAUGCUUUGAUAUCAUAAUUGUAAAAAAAAGUAUCAAAAUGUAAAAAUAAAAUUGUGUCGGAGACGGGGUUCGAACCUGUGUCCCCAAAAUUGCAAUCCAGUGUUGUAUCCACUGUGCUACGAAGGCUUACUCCAAAGAAGUGGUAUAUUUAAGCUAUAUACCUAACUUUGUAAUAUCACGUGAUAUUAUCGACUAGCCAAUGUGCAUAAGGAAUGAAUUCUACUAGGUAGACAUACCCAGUAAUAUUUUUUAAUGGAAAAAUACGAAAUAACUGCUAAACUUAAAUCAAUUGUAAACUAUGUGGUACUUCAGUUAGUAGGUUUCAAUGCAUUGUACACCAAGUUUAUGACAGUUUUCGAAAAUUUUCUUUUUUUCUUGCAAAUUGAUCAUCUGGUGCACAGUUGCUUUAACAUCUUUUUGAUAAACCAUAUUUUGAUUCUAUUUUAUUAAUUGCUCAUGUUGUUUCUCUAUCAUUUAUACAUGUUUAUCUCAUAUUACACAUGACCAAAAAAUGAAUAAAAAAUCAAGAAAAUGAA